AUGGAAGAUGUAAAUCAGUUGAAAGAUGAGAAUAUCAGACAAUCAUACCAUGCUACGUUAUUGAACAGCAUAAAGGGUAUGGGACCAACAUGUAGUUUCGAAGAGCAUUCAAACAAGAUAGGACAGACCAUUAAAAAUGCAACAAAAGAUGAUAUUAAAGAUAGAUUGACACAGUAUUGUAGCAGUCUGUAUAAAGGUCCUGGUGGUGGGGACGAGGUAGUUGAAGAGCUUGAAGGCAUCGCCCCUCUGAUAGUUGAGCGUACCAACGAUAUCGUGUAUUCUGAAGUCCAAACAGCAACACGUGCGUUAAAAAGAAAUAAGAGUCCAGGAUCACACGGAAUUCCAGCAGAGAUGCUACAAGCUAGAGGAGAGUCAAUAGCACGUGAAAUAUAUCAGCUCUAUAACAAAGCAUGGCGUGAAGAUACAAUUCUAGAAGAAUGGGGCAAAUCUAUUUUGGUACCUUUACCAAAAAAGGAGAUCUUAGCAACUGUUCUAAUUAUCAAACGGUCUCACUUAUCAGUCAUACAGGAAAAACUGCUGGCCAAGAAAGCCAAAAGACAGGGAAAGAAAAUCUAUAACUGUUUUACUGAUUUUCAAAAAGCAUUCGAUACGAACAAACAUAAAAUAAUUUGGCCUACGCUAAAAUCAUAUGGUGCUGAUACGAAAAUAAUCACACCGCCACAAAAUAUCUGUGAAAAGUCACAGUCAGCUGUUCGAAUUGGUAAUAAUUAUGGCGGGUGGUUUCAAACGGACGUAGGAACAAGACAAGGCGAUCCUCUGUCACUACUCCUCUUCAUCGUAUAUCUUGAAAGAGUAAUGGAUCAGGUGAAGCAGAACACGUGCGGAAAUAAUGUCAGUGGAAUACUUAUAAGCAAACUAAGGUUCGCCGAUGGCAUUGCUUUCAUUAAUGAAGAUCUUAGCUCACUUCAACACUAA